CCUGUUUCUCCCCUUCUGCCUCGUCACUCUCUUCCAAAGAAUGUCUCAUCCUACUCUCAGAUAAGGAAUCACACCAAACCCUCUUUCCUUCAUAUCAAGGAGAAGCGGGACCCAGAAGCAGGGGAGUCGCCGGCGACAAAGAUUCGUCGGAAAAAUGGCGGAUUUGAGGACGGCAAUGGAUGCAGCAUUCUGGGACCUGAAUGUAUCAACUCCACAUGCCCUUGAUGGUGUUUCUAAGGCUGUUCCGGGGGAUCCCGUACCCCUAGGUGGUGCAAGAGCAAGUAGAGCAAUUAGGGUUCAGCAAUUAUCUGUAUUGGGAAAUGGGUUCCCGUUGGGCAUCAUUCCAUCUAUUUCUCCAACCUCUAAUCACAAGGAGCUGGGCUCUUUUGCGCUGCAGUCCCUCCUCGGCAACGUGGAUAUCGGGGGCUGGUGGGUGGGAUUAAUUGGGCAAUUUCGUCCAAAGAAAUUGAUAUCAUCUAUUAAAGCUGAAGUUUGUGCUGCAGAAGAGUGGGAGCUGCCUUUGCUUAAAGAUGCUGCUAAGCAUUUCCUGGACAAAUCACUCUAUGCUAUUGGCCUAUGCUCGAUGAUACCAUUAACAUCAUCAUCAUCCUUACUUUUGAGCUCUGAGAAGCAUGGUGAGAGGAAGAGGAGACAGACCAAAGCCGUGUUCCUUCACGAGUUUCCAGAUCAUGAUAUCACUCUAGAAGCCGCAUGGCCGCAGCUGUUCAUAGACCAUAAAGGAAAAUACUGGGAAGUUCCAGAAUCUAUAUCCGUGGACUGUUCGUCCCUCAUCUCUGACUCAGGGUUGCGAUACCGUUUUGGCAUACAUAAAAAUAGUGGCCUUCCACAGUCUGUCGAUUCUGUUAAUGCUCAAAACCCAAUUGCCUUAUUGCCUGGUCUAUGUGCAAAAGCUGCCUUUUCUUAUCAGAAGUCUAAGGACUUAUGGAGGCAAAAGGAAACAAAAGAGGAUGUUAUAAUAGAGACAGAAAAGGGCCAAUUUUGGCGUCCCUCAUAUGAUAUCCGUCUCAGGGAGCCUCACGCAACAAUAUCUGGAAUUAUAGGGGGUACUUGCAUGGCAUGGGCAAGUGCUGGGAGUGGCUCGCUAUUUGUCAAGCCAACACAAGAUGUGGAGAGGAGUUCUUUAGGGGCUCAUAAUAGAGUUCGUUUUCGUGCUGAUUUAUUUGGUUCGGUAUGCUAUACUUUCCAACAUGGGAAAUUCAGAAAUUUAUUUGGAGACCUCACCAGGGUAGAUGCUCGCUUGGAUAUUCUGUCUGCUUCAGCUUUAGCCCAAAAGGCGUCCAACCUUUUUAGGAGUGCACAGAGUAAUCGACCAUCAAAUGAACUGUCUUCUCCCAAAAUCAAUCUUAUAUAUCAGCAGCAGGUUGCUGGUCCUAUCGUUUUUCGUGUGGAUUCCAAGUUCUCCCUCGAUUUGUCCCCAGGCAGACACGGGCCGCAUCUUGAAGAUCUGAUAUACAGCUUGAAUUACUCUCUGAGGAUCCUGAUUUCUGGGAAGGUAGUAGCAUGGUAUUCUCCGAGACGAAAAGAAGGUAUGGUUGAGCUACGGCUCUUUGAGUUCUAACUUCGGCUUCUCGUCCGUCUGUACUGCAGCAGUAAUCAGAUUCUGCUGCCAAUUCUUGUUUUCCUUUAUCAAAAAAAAAAAAAAAAAUAAACAGAAAGAAGAAGAAGAAUCUUAGGCUGUCUUCGUUGCUGCAGGGGAAGCUGGAAAAAGCUUCUGUAUGGAUUUGGGUUCAAUUUUAGAUGAAACGAAAGAAAAGUUAAUUUUACUCUCAA